UGGUUGGUUGGUUGGUUGGUCUCUGUAUCCCUUCCCAGGUCUCUUUUGAACAAGAUCAAUACUCCUAGGCAGAAAAGAGAUGAAAAAUCUAGUAUAUACUACCCCCGGCUCGUUAGGAGGGUGGUAAAGCUGGUAAGGCUGGUAAGGGUGGUGAUAGUAGUGGUGGUGGUGAUGAUGAUAGUGGUGGUAGAACAGUAGGCGGUACCCCCCAAUACAUAAAAUCAAAAUUACUCUGUAUAAGCAAAGCCUGUUGCUGCUGCUUCUGCUGCUGCUGUCUGCCAAACACUUUGCAAUACAUACUUGUUGUGUAAAAGUAAUUUUUUUUUUGUUUUUGUUUUUUGUUUUUUUCUCUCUAUAAAUAUAUUAUAUAUUUAUCAGAUAAUUUAGUGAUAAUAUAAUUUGAAGGCCAGUUAUGUGUUGUUGUUGUUUGAUAUCUCAAGAUUAUGGAUAAACCGACAAGCAUUAAUUAUGAUGUAACGAGAGAUAAUUCAACUGGAAAUGAUUGCAAUUGUAAUACAACAACAUUACAAAAAAUACUUGUAAUUUCACCUUCUUGGAUUUCUGUUAAUCAAGACCUAAGAUGGUUUUAUUCACUUCAUACAUAUGGCUUUGCAUGUUUAUUUUUUGUUCUUGGUUUCUACACACUAUUUACAAUUUUAAAUUUAAGAUCGCUUAUCUCAAGUCGCCCAUUCAUGUCAACUAUCAACAUUUUCCUUUGUAUCCUGGGGGUAUCACGCUCUGGAAGCCUCUUUAUAGAUCCGUACAAUCUUCAAGAGACAAUGCCAAAAGUAAUUGGCUCGAUAAUGUGGGACAUUGGUUUUCCAUGUGUGACCUCGGCCUUCUGUCUCAUCCAGUUGGCUUUUCUCCAGUUAACACAGCUUAAAUUUGGACCAGAAAAAUUGCAAAAAGAGUCGUGCCUCAAUUUCAUAAUAACAUGUCAUUUUUUUUGUAUUAUUGCAAGUGAUGUUGCACUUGCAUUGCAUAAUCAUUUUAUAACAAAAUAUAUUGUACAAACAAUAUUUCUUGGAUGGAGUAUUAUAUUGUAUUUAAUAUUUUUACAUGCUGGUUAUUCAGUUAUGAAUUUAUUACGUACAUUACCAAAUAAUUUAUUAACACGUGAAAAUUCAAUUGGUAAUCAAAAAGGUAUAAUGCAACUUGCAAUGUUAGCACCAUAUAAUAAUUUAGCAACAUCAGUUGCAGCUGCACUAGUACCAACAUUGCUCAAUUCAAAAAUUAUAUCUGAUGAUAAUAAUGAGACAGUUAUUUCAAUAAAUGAUGAUACUGAUGACAUUCAAAAAGAUCGUAAAUGUAAACAAAUAAUAAAACCAUCACGUAAUUUAAUAAAAAAUAUAAAUGAAGAUCAAUCAACAUCAUCAACAGUUCCUGAGGUAUAUGUUAGACCACCAACACCAACACCAUCAGUUGCAAAUCUACCAACAAUAACAGUAUCAAGUCCAAGUCGUCGUAGUUCAGUAUCAAACAGUCGAAGAGGAUCAGAUGUAUCAAAAGGAUCACGUAGAACAUCUGAUUGUAGUGUUAAAUUUGUUAAUGAUAAUAAUACAAAUAAUCAUUCAUCAACAGCAACACCAACAUUAUCUGAUAAUAAUUUUUCACAAAUAAUUGAUCGACCAAGAACACCAGAUAGUAUAACAAGACGUCAUUCUGAUAUGCCAACACCAACUGGUAGUAAAACAGACAUAAGAAGAUGUUCAGAUUUUACACAUGAAAAAAAUAGAAGUUCACAAUUUGCUGUUAAAUUAAGAAGAAAUUCUGAUUUUGGUAAUAGAACACCAAAAAGAUUAAAUUGUGAUGAAAGUGGUAAAUUACCACAAGUUCUUGAUGUCAGUCCAUCAGGCUCAAGAAGAAAUUCAGAUCUUGGUGGUUUAUCAGCAGUUAAAACACCAACAGAAUCAAGAAGAAAUUCUGAUAUAUCAUAUCGUCGUAAUUCGGAAUUAUCACAAAUACGUCAAAUGAAUUCAAGUCGUCGUUGUAGUGAAAUAAGUAUUAAAACACCAGAUAAAAUAACAACAAGUUUUCAAACAUCAUUAAUUAAUAUGGAAAUACAAGAAAGAUCUGAAUCAGAUUCUGAUCAAGGUGAUUUUAAUGAAAAAGUAUCAUUAAUGAAUGAAAAUGAUAAAUAUAAUAUUGAUGAUACAAAAAAUAGAAAAAAAAGUUUAACAUGGAAAAAUGUUGAUACAUGUAAAAAUGAUGAUGAUGAUAUAACUGUUGCAUCAAGUUUACUUGGUGAUAGAACAAAUUUAGACAAUAGAGUUGUUGGAAAUGAUUUUACAUUACAUGCAAUAUUAAAUCAUAUUGCAUAUGUUAAUCGUGCUAAAUCAGAUGUACCACUUUAUAUACCAGAAACAAAUAUUGGAGCAGCAAGAAAAAAUCAAAUUAAAAAAGUAUUAAAUGUAACUUAUGCAACAGCAAUACUUGGAAUAAUAUUAUGUAUUGCUGAUAUAAUAAGAAUAUUUGGUCCAUAUGGAUUAUUGGGUGAGACAGUUAGACAAGGAAUAAAACCAAAACCUGAUGAUUAUCCACGACCAUGGCCUUGGUUAAUAUAUCAAACUUUGUGUCGAGGUUUAGAACUUAUUAUGGGAUGUGCAAUGGCAAGUAUAACAAAACAACCUUCAGUCAGUCCAAGACAUCAAUAUUUUAGUAAUUACAGAAGUUACAGCGAUAGAAUUAAACAUGGAGGUAAUCCAUAUUUAUAAAAAGGAAAUAUAUUUAUUAUAAUAAAGCAAUAUAACUAAAAUGGACUGAAAAAAAAAACAAAAAUAUAUUUCCUAUACAUAUAUAGUCUUCUUAUUUAUUGUUAUAUAAUCAAGAUAAAAUGUUUUCAAAUUCAAAUAAUUGUCUCAAUUUGCAUUUGGCAUUUUUUUUUUCUAUAUUUAUGUCAAUGAUUAAAUUUAAAAAAAAAAAAAUAUAUUAAUGCAAUAAAUUUUCAAAUUGACAUUAUAUAUAAUCUUGAAACUUGGGAACACUUUGCAUGCUGUGAAAAUUUAAAAAAAGAAAAUGGAAAAGAUUGAAUAGAUUUUUAAAAAAAUUAAAUAAAAAACUAAAACUACUUUUGAAUAAAUCUAUAUAGAGAACAGAUAGAUUGCAGUCUUUAAUAAUUAUUCUAAAACGAUGAACUGUGUUCAACAUUUAAAAUAAGAAUAAUAAUUAUAAAUUAAUAAUAAUCAAUUGUAUAUUUGGAAAAAAACACAUUAUCAAAUGACUCAUCUGUUUUAGUAAAAAGAAAAAACAAAAAAAAGUUCUUUAUAUAUUUUAAUCAAGUAUUUAAAAAACCCAAUCAAUUUAAAUUUCAAAUUAUCAUGCAGGUUUUUCCUCUACUCUUAAAUAUAUAUAUACUUUUUUUUUCGUUAGUUUAUUGACUAAUUGUCAUCUAACUGUAUAUAAAUAAUUAAAUAAUACACUUGAGACUCUUAGAAUUUUAUAAUAGAUGUAAAAAAAAAAAUUGGAUACGUGUCUUAAUUGUACAUCGUUAAUUGGUUUGUAAUGUGAACCUCCUUUCAAAG